CCAUUACUAUACCACUAAUUUAAUCUAUUUCUAUUUUUUUACUGAUUCAACUCACUGUAAAUAUUACAUAAUGGAUCAAGAGAAAAAUUCAGUCACUUCACCUCCUGAACAUCAUACACUAAAUGAAGGUUAUGAUUUGAAGAAAACCAACUCUUCUUCUAGUCAAGACAAAGACUACAUGUUUGACAAAAUGAACGUUGUCGAAGAAGCCAGUUACGAUGCCAACGAACCCAACAACGAACACAAAGAGGGUUCAAGCAAACGCUCUUUGUAUCAAAAAUACCGUAAAUUGAUUCUUCCUGCUAUGUGGCUUAUUUUCACUGGUUUUUUGAUUGCUGCAUAUGUCUUGCAGAUUCCAAAGGGUUACAACCAAGAACUUUUGAUUUUGGGUUUGGUCUACCUUUACUUUACUCUCUACGUCUUCUUUGUCUUUGCACCUACAACAAUUGUCAGUAAACCAUGGAACUUUUGUGUUGACAAGGUUUCUACAUUUAUUUACACUCACAUGAGUCCUCGUAUGAGAAUGAUCGCCUAUGGUUGCUUGGUUGGUGCUGUCAUUAUUGCCACUGUCUUUUCCUUCCCUGAAAAAGAAGAAUCACCUCGUGUCCGUCGUUUGAUUUCCUGCUUUGGUUUGUUUGUGUUUAUCGCUGCCACUUUUGCUUCUUCCAAGCACCGUAAGCUUGUUCCCUGGAACACUGUCAGUACUGCUAUUUUGAUUCAAUUCUUGUUGGCUCUCUUCGUAUUUAGAUCUACUGCUGGUCAUGAUAUUUUUUCUUGGUUAGCCACUUUUGCUGAAGGUUAUCUCUCCAAGGCCUGGUACGGUACUGACUUUACAUUUGGUGAUAGCGUUGCUAAUGCUGGUAUCUUUGCUGUCUCUGUCUUCCCUGCUAUUAUCUUCUUUGCCUCUACUGUCCAAAUCUUAUAUUAUAUUGGUGCUAUUCCUUUCUUGUUGAAGCAUCUCUCUGCUGCUUGUAUGAAAGUUCUUAACGUUUCCGGUGCCGAAUCCGUCGUUGCUAUUGCUUCCCCUUUCCUUGGUCAAAGUGAAAAUGCCUUGUUGAUUGAGCCCUUGAUUCCUCAUUUGACAAAGUCUGAAAUCCACCAAAUUAUGACAUGUGGUUUUGCCACUAUUUCUGGUUCUACCCUUUAUGGUUACAUUGCUAUGGGUGUUUCUGGUCAAGCUUUGUUGACUUCUUGUAUCAUGUCUAUCCCUUGUUCAAUUGCCAUUUCCAAGAUUAGAUACCCCGAAUCCGAAGAAUCCAAGGUUGCUCAUAUUAACGAAAUUAGUCACGAUAAAGAUACUACCAAUGCUCUUCAUGCUGCCGGUAAGGGUGCUGCCGUUGGUAUCAAUAUUGUCUUUUUAAUUUUGGCCAACUUGAUUGCUCUUUUGGCUCUUUUGAACGCUGUCAAUGCUCUCUUGACUUGGAUCGGUAACUUUAUUACUAUUCAAAACUUGACUCUUCAAUUGAUUACUGGUUAUGUCUUUGUACCCGUUGCUUGGUUGAUUGGUGCUGAUGACAAGGAUCUUGUUGCUGUUGGUACUUUGAUGGCCAACAAAGUUUGGGCUAACGAAUUCGUUGCCUAUCAAUUAUUGACCAGUACUUACAAGGAUACUCUUUCAACCAGAUCUCAAUUGGUUGUUACCUAUGCUCUUUGUGGUUUCGGUAACCUCAGUUCUGUUGGUAUGCAAGUGGGUGUCCUGAACUCUCUUGCUCCCAAGAGAGCUGGUGAAAUUUCUUCUUUGGCCGUCUCUGCAAUGAUCUGUGGUUGUAUAAGUACAUGGUUAUCAGCUUCUAUUGCUGGUAUGCUCGUCUAAAAAAAUUAUGUAUAUCCACCCUUCUUUUUUCUUAUUUUUGUAUAAUUAGUAUUAAUAAAACCGUAAUAUCUUAUAAUCCGUAAA